CGCCGCCAACUCCACCGCUUUCUCUCUUCUUCCUUCCAUCUCCUCUUUCAUGUCAGUUCUCUCCAAACCCUAAUCUUUUCAUCCUCCAAAACCCUAAUUUCCCACUUCGAUCCUCCUCCAUUCUCUACUUUCAAUUUUGAAUUCAAUGGGGGCUAAGGCGAAGAAAGCUAUGAAGAAGAAACUCAGCAAGGCUACUUCUCUCUCAUGCCACAAGCAAGAAUCUGCUGAUUUCUUGCCGUUGGAGGGUGGUCCUGGGCGUAAGUUACCGGCACAGAAGCCACUGGAAAGUACUGCUACUGUUCUCUACAUUGGUCGCAUACCCCACGGGUUCUUCGAGAAGGAGAUGGAAGGAUUUUUCGGACAGUUUGGGAAAGUCAAAAGAUUAAGAAUUGCACGAAAUAAAAAGACUGGGAAGUCGAGGCAUUUUGGCUACAUUGAAUUUGAAUCUCCAGAGGUAGCGAAAAUUGUAGCUGAUUCCAUGCAUAACUAUUUGUUGUAUGAACACAUUCUGAAAGUCCAUCUAAUUGCUCCCGAGCAUGUUCAUCCCAAACUUUGGAAAGGUUUUAACUAUCGCCACACGCCUUUAAAUUGGUCUGAACUUGAGCGUAAGCAGCAUAACAAGGAAAGGACAUUGGACGAGCACAAGAAGUUGGUGGAUAGAAUCAUGAAGCGAGAUCAGGCUAGACAGAAGAGGAUAAGAGCUGCUGGGAUUGAUUACGAGUGUCCAGAAAUUGUGGGUAGUGUCCAACCAAUUCCCAAGAAGAUCAAGUUCGAUGAAGAUUAGAAUGAGGGUCUUUCAUAGAAAGCUAGAAUAUUAUCACACUAGAGGAAGAAGGAUGAGCCCUUGCGUGUUUCCAGUUUCAUAUGUUGGAGGGGUAACCUUCCCGAUAUCCUUGAAUCUCCAAAUUUUGAUCUGUGAAAUUGUGUCAAAACAUAUUCUUAAGCUCUUUAGUAGUAUGUAUUGCCUUUUAUAAAAAUGAAUGAAAAAAGGUUAUAUAAAAGCUUUUAUGGCUUACAA